UGGUUCUAAAACAGAAAUAAUCCUGGAUUUAGUGGAACAACAAGGCAGAGAUGCAGGAUGAGGUCAAAGUUCAUGCUGCAGCUAAGACACUUAGCAACACUUAGCUUCCCCACCAGCAGAUGUUUUCAUGGACAUGCAGUUAUUUAAGGUGAGAAAAUGCUUUCACUGAAAACGAGCUGUGGCAGCGUUGCUUCUUUCUCUGAGCUAAUUAAAGCAGAGAAGUCUUCUGACCAUCAGAUGCAUCACUGCGCUGCAGCUAAAGCCUCAGAGGUGUAAAAUGGACUGAUUAUGUGGAGGAAUGUGAGAAUAACCAUGUUUUCACCCUUUUUCUGUGGCCAUGGUUGCAGUCGUGCUGGACGGGAGAACGCAGAGAUUGUAAUGCCUGAAUGAAUGCUGAUAGAAUAUUAAUGUUUGGUAUUAAAGUUAUUGUUGCUGUGGUGAAACCUUUGAUGGUUUAGAAAUUAUUUCUAAUCCUUCCCAGAUUGAUGAGCAGCACUGUUGUCUCUUUGUGCACCUCAGAUUUAAAUGAUUUUAGAACCAGGUUUAUUAAAGAACCGUGUCUUUCCUGUGCAUCACUGUUACCUGUCUCUUGCAUGUUGCAGCAGAAGAACUCUGCUUCGUGUGACGAUGCUCCAGAGGAAGAUCCAAUGGAACACAUCUUUGACCCAAACUUUGACGGCGAGAGGAAGAUUUACGCUGGAUCUUCAGUCAGUGUGAGAGCUCUCCUCCUCCUCCUCCUGGCCUUCAUCCUGAAGCACGACUUGUCCAAAGCCGCCACCAAAGACCUCCUGGCUCUGCUCCAGCUGCUGCUGCCCGGAUGCAUCCCCAGCUCUCUGCGCUUUCUAAAGAAACAUGUGACUGACGUGGACAACAAGACGGAGCUGCACCUGUACUGCCCCAGGUGUGAGAACUACCUGGGCAUAGACCCCGGCACUGAGUGCGGCGUGUGUCAGCAGCGCUUGAGCAAAAAGAGUCUGCUGGAGAAGGCCAACUACUUCCUGGUGAUGCCGUUAGAAACCCAGCUGAGGAAAAUCCUCACGCGCGUUCACUCCAAGCUGGGCAAACACGUUACCAGGGGCGACUGCCUGUCUGACAUCAACAGCGGGGGGGAAUACAAGCACGACGAGCAGGAGGGCAGCAUCACGCUCACCUUCACCUGUGACAGCGCUCCUCUCCUCAACUCCUCCAAGUUCUCCGUCUGGCCCAUCCUGUGCACCAUCAACGAGCUUCCGUACGCGGAGCGCUGCAGGAACGUCCUGCUGCACACGCUGUGGUUCGGCAAAGGCAAGCCGCUGCUGCAGUGCUUCUUCACGCCCUUCAUCAACGAGCUCCACAAGCUCUCUCACGAGGGCUUCACCUGGGAGGACGACAGCGGCCUGGAGCUCAACACCAGGGUGACGGCCAAAGUGUGUGUCUGCGACUCCAAGGCGCGCUCGGCGGUGCAGAACUUCCAGCCCUUCAGCUCGGAGUUCGGCUGCGGGUUCUGCUACCACAAAGGUGAGCUGGUGCAGAAGGGCCGCGGUUUCAGCAGAGUCUAUCCCGUACAGGCGGACGGCUGCGACCUGCGGCACAUGGCCGAGACGGAGCAGCUGGCCACCCUGGUGAUUGAAAACGGUUACCCACAAGGCCAAAUGGGCGUGAAAGGCCACAGCCCGCUGCUGCUGCUGCCUUCCUUUGACAUCAUCAAAGGCUUCAUCCCAGACUACAUGCACAGCGUUUGUCUCGGCGUCGUUCCUGAGCUCGUCAAUCUGUGGCUGGACCCGCUCUAUGCCAGGAAGCGCUUCCACCUUUCCCCGCAGAGUCUGAAGGAGCUGGACAAAGCUCUGUGUGCCAUCCAGCCUCCAGACGAGAUCAGACAGAGGCCUCGGCGCCUCAGUGACAGGAUGCAUUGGGAAGCAUCUGAGUGGAGAGCCUUUGCUCUCCUCUACUCUCCUGUGCUGCUGAGCAAAGUUUUACCAAAGCUCUACUACAAACACUGGAUGCUUCUCGUUUCAUCCCUCCACAUCCUGCUCUCCCAGUUUGCCUCUCAGGAGGAGGUGAGCUGUGCAGAGCUGUGCCUGGUGCAGUUCGUCUCUCAGGUCCAGUCUCUGUACGGCCUGGAGCACUGCUCCUUUAACUGCCACCUGCUGAUGCACCUGAGCGACUGCGCCCGCAGCUGGGGUCUGCUGUGGGCCAACUCGGCCUUCGUCUACCAGGACGUCCACAGCAGACUCCUGCAGCUCUACUCCAGGACCGAGUCUGCGUCGCCGCACACGUUCAAGCAGUUUUUCUCCUACGAUGAGAUGAUCAGAAGAGGAAGCGAUGUGCUGAAGGAUGCCAGCGCAGAAAUCACAGACCUCUUCUCCUCCAUGACCAGCUGCGGCAUCCUUACCAGGUCCUCCAACUACAUCAGUGAGGAUGCGUUUACUUUGGGAUGUGGCUCUCCCAGGUCCCUGACUGUCAGAGAGCUGGCUGCACUGCAGAGCAAAGACUCAUGGCCCGUUACUGAAUACUCGCGCUUUGUCUGCAGAGACAUGCUGGUCACCACUCUGGACUACAGCGUCUCGUGCAAAAGGAACAACUCGGUCAUAGAAACCACCGGCGGCUUUGUUCUUGUGGAGUCCGUGGUCGUGGUGGAAAAGCCGUGCAGCUGUGGCAAACCGUCCGGCUGCUGCUGCAGGGAGCUGGUGGUCUUCGGCAGAAAACUGCUGCUGGCCAACUCCCAGCCAACCAUCCAGAACGCACAACUCGACAGGAACAUCGCCAAGUUCCUGGUGAGGGUGAGGAGCUCGGAGGAAGUGUGCGCUGUGGCGUGUCAGGACGUUGUUGGGAAGUGCUUUGUGAUGGAGCAGAAGGGUCGGCUGUACGUCAUGAGGAUGCCGGUGAUUGCCUCGUUAUAAAUGUUCCUUCUCCUUCUCAUGCAGUUUGUUGUGUUGCCACAUUCACACAGCGGUUUGGUGUGAUAAAGCUUAUUUUCUGUCAGAUGAUUCAAUAUUUACUAGACUCAAGCAUCCUGCAUUCUUAGCAGCAGUGGCUUGUUAGGAUGCUCUACUAGAAGAGUAUUGGUUAGUUCCUGGCUCUGGCCUUUUUCCUGCCUCUGCUCCAUCGUCCAAUCAGCAGCAGGCUCUCAUUUCUGGAGGACCGUGCUAUUCGCACUGCUCCCAUUGGCAUUUCUAAUGACACUACUUAGAAAAAAAAUGCACAAGAAACAAUUUUAUGGCUUCUGUUGUGCCUUCAGCAUGCCCGUAAAAUUAUUUCCAUUCAUUCAGUGAAGUUAAGAAGAAAAAUGACAAGAAGUCAGAGCCAAAGACUAACAUUUAGCAUUACAGACAUUUCUACCAAAGUGUAAUAUAUUGUGGAGAUAUUAUGUGUAGAUAAACUGGCUGUUGGGCCUUAGCUGGUACCCUACUCAAUGUGCACCACCUGUCUGAAAAGGUCAAGGAACAUUAGGUGCCCAAUACCUUCUAUAGAAAGUUCCCUGAAGUCUCUGGUGUCCCAUCUGGGAAAGGUUAUAAUGAAAGUAAGCAGUUCUCCAUCACAAGCGUCACACGACUCUUUGUGUGGCUCAGACGACCCUGAAGCUUUGCUGACUCUGCAGUAUCCCUGGACGAGGUAGUUGACGAGCCCCUAAAAGAAAAAAGUGUUUUUCAGGGUGCAUCAAAAGCUGUGGAGCAUAGACUGGAUGCUGGCGGCCGUUAGGGACUUUUAAUAGAGGAGAUGUUUGAGAUAAUGAGACCGCAGAGAUCCUCUCUCUGCUUAGAAAUAUUCAGAAUCAGAAAUACUUUAAUAAUCCCAGCGGGAAAUGAUUGACACUCACCCUGAAGACUUUGAGUUCCAACAUGCAGAGGAGAUGUUAGCAGCUUAGUGUGAAGCAGCGAGGGUGAGCUGCUCUACAGGACGCUACAUACUCCAAAAGAAACGAGAAAUUUCUUCCACAGCGAACCACGUCAUUUUGUUCUUCAUCCUGCUUGUUCUCCACAGAACGUCUGGACAGAACCUUGUUCUCACUGGCUGUCUGACUACUGUACUGUGAUUGGACAGGAUUUAGGUUGGAGAAGCAGGAAUGUCUCACCCACCUGUUGCUCCCUGCUCAGUGUCCCCCCCCCCCCCCCGCCUGCCUGGUCUUCAGUGGCGUGACUUCUGCAGUUGAGCGUCUCGUAGAAUACGAAUAGACAGAGCUAAAAAAAA